CAAAACAAUAUGGCUGCCUUGUGUAGAGGCAGGCACCGGUGGAAAACAUAUAACUUUUUAAAGGUUUUAACAAGAACGUUAACCGGAAAAUAUGACUAUGACCUGAUAGUUAUUGGUGGUGGAUCAGGAGGACUUGCCUGUUCCAAAGAAGCAGCUCAGUUGGGGCAGAAAGUGGCAGUGUUGGAUUAUGUGGAGCCUUCAGCCAUAGGUACUAAAUGGGGUCUUGGAGGUACGUGUGUCAAUGUGGGCUGUAUCCCCAAGAAACUCAUGCACCAGGCGGCUCUGCUUGGCACUGCAUUCAAAGAUGCCAAGAAGUUUGGCUGGCAAAUCCCAGAAGCUCUCUCCCAUGACUGGAGUACAAUGGCUGGGGGUGUGCAAAACUAUAUUAAGUCUCUGAACUGGGGUCACAGAGUGCAGCUUAAUGACAAGAAGGUAAAAUAUCUGAACAUGAAAGGAAGCCUUGUGGAUGAACACACCGUUAAAGGACUUACUAAAGCAGGCAAAGAGACAACUCUGACAGCUAAAAACAUUGUGAUUGCCACCGGAGGACGCCCUAAAUAUCCCACUAAUAUCCCUGGAGCAAUGGAGCAUGGCAUCACCAGCGAUGACAUAUUCUGGUUGAAGAAGUCACCUGGAAAAACACUUGUGGUUGGAGCAAGCUAUGUGGGACUGGAGUGUGCAGGGUUCCUCACAGGUAUCGGCUUGGACACCACUAUAAUGGUCCGCAGCAUUGCUCUCCGGGGCUUUGACCAGCAAAUGGCAGGUCUGGUAACUGAGUACAUGGAGGCCUAUGGGACUAAGUUUGCAUGGAAGUGUCUCCCCAGAAGAAUAGACAAACUCUCAUCUGGAGCAUUACAAGUGAUGUGGACAGACACACACACAGGCAGUGAACACCAAGACACCUACGACACUGUGCUCUGGGCAGUUGGUAGAGCCCCGGAGACUAAAGCACUAGGCCUUGUCAAGCUCGGCAUGGAACUCAACAAGGAGACUGGAAAAAUCAUUGUGGGAUCUGACGAAUCCACCUCGGUGCCAAAUAUCUAUGCGUUUGGUGAUAUUGGUGAGGGUCGACCAGAAUUGACCCCUACUGCCAUUAAAGCAGGACGACUCCUCGCUCGCAGACUGGCUGGCCAGAGCUCUCAGCUCAUGAACUAUGACAAUGUUCCAACGACAGUCUUCACUCCUCUUGAGUAUGGCUGUGUGGGUUUGUCCGAAGAGGAUGCUGAAAAAAGAUAUGGAAAAGAUGGCAUAGAGGUCUAUCAUGCUUUCUACAAGCCUCUGGAAUUCACUGUUGCAGAGCGUGAUGCCAGCCAGUGUUAUCUGAAGGUUGUAUGUGAGCGUGGUGAGAACCAGAAGAUUUUGGGUUUGCACUUUACAGGACCAAAUGCAGGAGAAGUUACACAAGGCUUUGCUCUGGGCUUCCAAUGUGGUGCUACAUACUGGGACCUCCUGAAUACAGUUGGCAUCCACCCAACUUGUGCUGAAGAGGUGACAAAAGUCCAUAUCACAAAGCGCUCAGGGCUGGAUGCCACAGUCACAGGCUGCUGAGGUUAAGUCUCCUCGGCCCAUAAGCACACAGGGAUCCUCUCUCUCCCUCUCCCUCUAAAAUACCUCCAUACAAAUGGCCAUGUGUCAGUAGAACAUUAUUGAAAAAAUGACUGCUUAUCCCUUCAACAUGCAAGCUAUGCAUAUUUGGUCCAAAAAUUAGGGUCUAAAAAUAAACAGGCACCUCGAUCAUGAUACAGCCCAUGUUUAAGGGUAACGUAGUCCGAACCCAAACUUUUCUCUGAAUAUUCUGCAAAUAUUGUUGUUUCUCUGGCUGUACUUCCUGUCCAUUAGUCUUGGAGGUGACACAUACCAUACACCCUCUCACCUCCACACCCCCAUGACACUGAUGGAUGGCCCCAGGGCCUUCGGCACAGCGACACCGCCCCAUUUCCCAUGGACACACACAAACAGUCAGUGGGCUGCUGUCAGUCAGCCAGGCCAGCAGCUCAGGGAACCCCACACUGUUUAGGUCCACUACGAGUCCAGCUAACCACAAAGCCCUUUUUUCCAACAUGAACUGCUCCUAACCAGGGAGCCACACAAUGCAGCUGACAGCAAGAGGAGACUGCAAUCCUAUACCACUAGCUUUAGCUACACUACUGACUUCUACCCAAAGAUGGCACUAUUGCCCUCCAAUUCCUACUAUGGUCUUCUCUGCACAGGCCCUUCUGAAUAUAACAUUCAACUAUAUGGAUGAUUCGCUUUUAAUCCCUUAAUCCCUUUAAAGAUAUGCACUUUUUGCUUGACAGGCAAAGGCUUUCUCUGAGCCAAACUGAUAAGGGCUAUCUGCUGUGUGUUUAUAUGGAUGGAGGACUGGCCUUAAAGAGUCAACACACUCCAAGAUAAGAUGAUUUGUUUACAUCAAUAAAACCGUAACAGUGGCAGUUAGUUUGGCAGAACACUCACCUAUUCUGAACAUCUUCAACCAAUUGUAGGUUUUCUUAGUAUAGGAGCAUUAGAGCUGUCAAUACGUGGGUUUCCACAAAAAUUGGUGGACCGGAGUGGCUUGUGGGAGUCGUUUAUUUUUAUUUGAAGUCUAAUCUGUCCAGUCUGAUUAAUGGGUUUGAUGAGGGGAGUGACAGAGUGCCAGGAGAUGGAGAGAGAGAAUGAACCAACUUGCAGGUUUAUUUGGAGCGGAGCAGAAAGAGAGCAAGUUUUAAAGUUUUGGCAAUAGGGAUGGAUGCGGGGAGGGAGGUGGAGGGUUCCUGUGUGUGCCGUGCUGAGGCCGAGGUGCUGACUGAAGGACCCUGACCUCCUCUCAGCGGGAACAGCUUGACUCUAUCACUCGGAGCACGGAGGGCUCACAUGCAUCGCACAGAGGGGCACAUCCCAGUUGACUUUGUUAUGGAGGGUGGGAUGGACAGAGCCAACCGUUGCAGCCAUGUUUGCCCGCUGUAAUUGAGUCCGUGUUCCUGUGCUUAACGAGCCACUUCAGAGACCCCAGACUGGCCCACAGCAACAUGAGGGAAGUCAUUCAGCCCAUUGGUGUAACUGCAAUGUCUGUUUGCUUUAAACCCUCCAUUUCCUUUCAGCUUUCGCUCAGCUACUCUGUUAUUUUAAACACAUUGUGUACAUUUGCAAGAAGAAAUUGUAAUUUUUUACUUCACAAAUGCAUGCAUUUGAUAUAUUUUUUCCUGGUGUUGUUGACAAUCUGGGCUGUGGAACUGUUUACUAAUGGGUCUAAGAUGAUUCCCACUGGUGGUCAGGGUCAUGUAUCGUUUUGGCCAACUUAUGAUGACCUGCACUAAAGCCCAAACCUGGGGAGUGCAGGCCUGAUGUCAAAUGGCUAACAAAUUCACUAUUGUAUUGAAUAUUGUUGAGAAUAUUUAUACACUUUGAUGAAAUGCAUAAUUUAUGUAAAACAAUAAAG